AUGUCUCUCCUCGCGUGCUGGCCGCAGCUGUUCAUCAUCUUAAUCACUCGCUGGUGCAGCAACGAAAGUCAAGGGUCAAGCGCCUUGCCGAACUCGGUAAGCGCGUGGCUGCUGCUGCUCCGUCUUUUGAUGGAUAGAGCGAGCUGCGAGGGUGACAGUCCCAAGUCCAACGUGUUGCUCCAACGUGACUCAAGCGAGCACGCUCCCCGUUCCACAUGCUGCGGACGCCUGGUGGCGGGCCACAGCCCAGAACAGGGGGUCUGGUCAAAAAAGCUGUACGUUGCGCGCACGUUGCGUUUCACCGAGACAAACAAAGCAAGACGUGAAAGAGAUGCAGUGGCGGCGAGCGCCACAAUCGGGAAUUACGACAACGGACAGCGUUACCAAUUGCCAAUUUUACCUUCAACCGCCGCUUCCCUGGCCUUAUUCACGGCGAAAUCGGAACAACCGAUUGCGGUUACAGUUGCAGUUGCAGUUGCGCUUGCUGGCUCUCGCGCUUCUCGCCUCUGA